UGCCGCCGAGUCGUUUCCGACUAAACGCAGUCCGCCGCGCUCAUUCACGUUUGCCACGAUCCCGUGCUUGAAAAACACAUACAAAUACUAACUUACACAUACACACACACACACACGCAUACACUCACACACUCACACACUCACACACACUUACGCUCUCACUCACACACACACACACACACACGCGUGCACGCACGUCGGAAGUAAUAUUAUAUUAUCAUAAAUAUAUACUUUGACCGAACGCCGUUAUUAUCACGUCGCCGUCGUUGUCGUUGAGAACGCCACCGCGGAUCGAUAGGAGUGUCGAUAUUUCGGGUGAAUUUAUUGUCGUCGCAUCUUUCGCCCUUCGGUCCACCGUUGCGCAUUGUAUGUGCGGACGAUCCAAUGUCGCAUUCACCGUGACCAUCGCCGACAAGGCGUUCGGAUUCUGGCAGGACGGUAGCGAAAUCGAGAACAACGACGGCGUCGUUGACGGCGACAGCAGCUUCGGGGGUGGCGGAGGUGGUGGCGGUGGCGACAACAAAAACGACGACGACGACGGCGACGGUGACAGUGACAGAAGCUACGGCGACUGUUGAUCGAUUUGACGAAUACGAAAUCAUGAAUAACGCAAAGUCGAAGGCCGAUUGACGACCACCGCCGGUAAGUCAUGAAACAGAAGAAGAAGAAAGAUGAACCGCCGCGGCCAUCGUCUGUCACAGACGAACAACAACAGCAAUGUAAUGGUACAGGUGAGCCGAGACCUAAGAAAUCGGCACUUAAACGCACAGCGACUAGCGGUGGCUCUAAGGCAGCCAAGUCCAGCAAGCAUAAGCGGCACGUGCAGUUCAACGAAAGCUUGAACGUAUUCUUUGAGUCGGACUACGUGAUCGUCAUCCGGGACGAUGACUGCGAGUUCGACGAGGAGGACUUUGACUUUUGGUCACAGCAGCCAUGCAGCUGUGGUGACGAAUCGUGUUUUCAGCCGUGGCUUGACGAUGACGAUGGUCGGGGCAUACCACCACUCGACCCGUACGAAGAACAGCCAGCCACGCUCAGUCCACCUGAUGGAUACAAGGACGGCUGUCCCAGACACGUACCACCGCCGUCUCUGGACCACUUGAAAUAUGCAGAUGAUGAUUUAGCUACAAGAUAUGGUUCGGAUGUGAUGGACAGUUCUAGCGAUACGCAUAUCGCUACACCAUAUAAUUCUAAUGUCAACGCCACGUCUUAUUUCGAGGAUAAUCAAAAAAAUCGUCAUGAACUUUCUUCCUUACCUCGGUCAUGUAAAGACGAACAAAAGCAGCAGCAACAACAGCCACCGACAAACGCAUCUGCCCUUCAGCUGUCGAAAACUAACACAGUCUGUGAUACAAAUUCAAGUACAGGUCAGCAACCACGGUGCAUCGUUGAAACAAUAACCAUGACGACAGUUACCGAGAGGCAGAUCGUGCAAGAAACCGGGCCCAUGGAUGUUACCGGCGUUGAUGGCGCCUGCAAAACCGAAGAUGCAAAAGUCGUUACCGGUGCCACUGCUGUUACCCCGGAUGAGGGGUAUGUAAUGAUUAAAUGUGGUAACAAUACUGUGCUGUACAACAACCGAAACCCAAAUUCCGCAGUACGGCAGUUGUUUCCGUCCACAAAGUUCGUGUGCCCACCAACUCGAAUAAAGGAGACAGACGACGCGAGAUUGUUGAACAAAUAUCUAAUCACGGAAGAGUCACUCAGAGCGUUUGAUAGUCGGUCAAUGAACGGUGGCUUAAGUGGCGGAGGAUUCAAAAGCGAACCGCACAGCGACGACGAUGACGAUGAUACGUCGAACAGUCUCAUUAGGCGAACCAUAGAACGGAGUACUUUAAGGCGGAAUACCACGAAAAAAAAGAACGUCGGUGACUCCAAAGAAAUAUCUUUGAUCGAGAAGAUCAGGCGGCUGACGUGUGAUAGCGAUGAUGAUGCCGAUGACUCGGCCAAGAAAGUACCGGGUCCCAUGCAAGAACAGGGGACCGCUUACACUGUAUUAGUGCAGUGUGAUUCGGUGACGCCGUCAGCAGCAGCCGUCGCUACUCCGGCGUACAAGAAACUCACAGAAUUAUUGAGCAGUGGUAGUGGUGGUGGCGGCCGGUAUGAUCAACCCCUGCUACCAUCAGCCAUUCAAUCGACGACUGAUAGUGAUCCGACUGGAAAAGCUGACGGAGUAGACCUGUGCGAUGGUCACUCGGCUGUCAGUAGCAGAGCGGCUGUCCGGUCAGCAACUGGUGGCAAACCUUUCCUGUCUACGUUAGCGACUGCUUGCGUCACAGGCAACGUGCAUCCGGUCCCCGGUGGAUCGGUAGCAGGAGGCGCAUCGCAACCAUCGCAUUGUCCGCAACCGGAUGUGGUGGCCGGCACUCAAGCUCCCAGCUCGCACAGACAAGAAGAGCUUGUGGCGUUCGUGCAACAGGACUCAGGCCGUCUGGAGAAGAUCCGCAAGCGGUAUAUGCCACUCACUACCACCGCGACCGCAACAGAGGACGAGGAUGAUGAGAACGACGAUUACGGAUUCAACCGGCGUCCGGAAGUGCAUGGCAUCCGGUCCGGGUUCUCUGCGCAGAUCACCAUCAAGAACAACCCGCAACCACCGCAACGUCCACGGUCUUAUUAUGGUGACCCAGCUCUUCAGACGCCGCCACUCGAUGUUCAACCUGACUUUGUGCCCAGGUAUCCAGCAACUGCAGUAGCGGCUGUCCGUUCUCGGAUCCAGGGUGAUACACGGGCCCCUCCACCAUACCCGGCCGCGUCGCAACGAUCUAUCAUUAGAGUGACUCAUGGCCAACAACAGCAGACCAUCCGAGUGCCAUACCAGACGGUCGGACCGGUUCAGGUGCACCUGUUGACUACAGCAGCCGCGGCUGCGUCCACCACUACCGCCAAUGUUAUCGGUCACCCACCGCAGCCACAGGUUCAAAUCCGACACCCCCCUAAUGAGUAUAUCGUUCAACACGGCCAUGCCAGAAUACAUCAUGGCCAACAAUUUGUUAUCGCCCGUGGCACUCAGACGGCUGCGAUAUCGACCACUCGGUACUACCAGUUACCACCGCCUCCACCGCCCAACAUUCAGCAGCAGCAGCAACAGUUACCACAACCGCAGUUACCACCACAUGCUUUCCAACCAUCUGACGAACAUCCGGCGACACAAUUCAAACAAACAUCUCCCACCAGAGGAGUUGCAACUAGCGGUAGACUACACAUGCAACAGCAGCAACAACAACAAGAGUAUGUCGAACAUAAUUUACCUUCAUCGGUGGUCUCGCAGACUUCUAAAAACCCAAUGCUUUUUUAUGGUAUGAAUGUCUGAUUGGUGUCUUGAGUGGUUGUGUAUAACGCUUGCAUGUAGUACAUAAUAUAUUAUAUUAUAUAAAUAUGUAUGUAUGUAUGUAUGUAUAUAUAUAUAUAUAUAUUAUGUAGUAUAUAUUAUAUACCUAACAUUUUUAACGAUUCUUAAAUAAGUUUUGUUAUAAGUUUAUAACAUAGGUAUAUUUAAAAAUUCGUUUUCGAUGCAUUAAUAUUGCAGAUGUCGCUGAGAGUCGACAAAUUUUACCAUAAAACAAAAAAUUGAAUGUUGAUAUAAUUCAUGAAUCAUGAGUAUUAUGUGAUUAUAAAUUAUAUAAGUACCAACCUAUUGUACAAGUCUUCCUACAAUAUGCAGACGAUAACGCAAUGAUAACAUCAAAUUAUCAAAAUAUAGAUUCAAAUCCAUUGUCAAAAUAUUAUUGUUUCAGUGAAAUCACACGUAGGUAUCCAAUUGUUAUAUUGUUAUGAAUAAAAACUUUAUGAUUAAGUUCCAAUAAUAAAAUAUAUAUUAUAUACGUACGCUUAUUGUCAGCAUUUAUCGAAUUAAGUAUAAUGGUUUCAAAAAAAAAACUCAAUACAUAUUUUAUUUUUAUUGUAUAAAAUACUGAAAAAUGCACUUUCGAAUAAAUUACAUGAAAUAAAGUUUACUCCUUAAAACAAGAAAAUAUAGUAUAAAUAAUAAAAUAUUAAAGCAAAGGGUGAUUUUCGUGACUACAAUUUAAAUAAAUAAAAAAGGAAAUUUUAUCUGUUUUAAUUUGUGUUGAAAACAUCACCAUUAACAAAAAUAUAAAUAUUAUAAUAUCAAAGCACUUAAUUUAACAAUAAGUAUAUUAAUAUAACUCUAUACAAUCAUAGGCCACAGGUCUUUUACAAUAUUUAUUUACCUACUCUUUUUUUUUUAUAUAGUUAAUAAGUUUCAAAUUGUAAUAAUGUAUAAAAUAUAAUUAAUAUAAAGUAAUUCAAUAACAGACUGUGACGAAAAUUAAGGGUUGUGAAAUUGUAUUUAAAAUACGACUAUACCAAUAGAAAACAUGAUAAUAUUAAUCAUAUCGAAGACAUAACACUAAUAAACAAAUCCGCAUCAAAAAUAAAAAAAUAAUUUUUAAAUGAUUUAAAAUAAAAAUACUAAACAUUAGAGAAUCAUUAAAAACCAUUUA